GAUGGCGCAGGAGGCAGGCGACAUGGAAGAUGGGCAGCUUUCUGACUCGGAUUCCGACAUGACGGUGGCACCCAGCGACAGGCCACUGCAGGUGCCAAAAGCACUAGGUGGGGACUGUGCAGUGAGUCCCUUCCAGAGUACUGCAACAGUGUGUGCUCUGGUAUCACAUUAUUGGACUGUUAAAAGUGUAGAUUCAAGUGAGGAGAGUUUUUCGGAUUCAGAUGAUGAUAGCUCUCUCUGGAAGUGCAAACGACAAAAAUGUUUUAACACUCCUCCCAAACCAGAGCCUUUUCAGUUUGGCCAGAGCAGCCAGAAACCACCUAUCGCUGGAGGGAAGAAGGUUAACAACAUAUGGAGUGCUGUGCUGCAGGAACAGAAUCAAGAUGCAGUGGCCACUGAACUUGGUAUCUUGGGAAUGGAGGGCACUAUUGACAGAAGCAGACAAUCUGAGACGUACAAUUAUUUGCUUGCUAAGAAACUUAAGAAGGAAUCCCAAGAGCAUACAAAAGAAUUAGACAAAGAGCUAGAUGAAUAUAUGCAUGGGGGCAAAAAAACGGGAUCAAAGGAGAAGGAAAAUGGGCAAGGUCAUCUCAAAAGGAAACAACCUGCCAAAGACUGACUAGGAGACAGACUAGAAAUGAACUAUAAAGGCCGAUAUGAGAUCACAGAGGACGAUUCUCAAGAGAAAGUGGCUGAUGAAAUUUCUUUCAGGUUUCAGGAACCAAAGAAAGAUUUGAUAGCCCGAGUAGUGAGGAUAAUUGGGAACAAAAAGGCAAUUGAACUUCUGAUGGAAACUGCUGAAGUUGAACAAAAUGGUGGCCUUUUUAUAAUGAAUGGUAGUCGAAGAAGAACAGCAGGUGGAGUUUUCCUGAAUCUCCUGAAGAACACUCCUAGUAUCAGUGAGGAACAAAUUAAGGACAUUUUCUACAUUGAAAAUCAAAAGGAAUAUGAAAAUAAAAAAGCUGCUAGGAAGAGAAGAACACAAGUGUUGGGAAAAAAGAUGAAACCUAUUAAAAGCCUAAAUUUUCUAGAAGAUGAUGAUACAUCACGAGAGACUUUUGCAAGUGACACAAAUGAGGCUCUGGCCUCUCUUGAUGAAUCACAGGAAGGACACGGAGAAACAAAGUUGGAUGCAGAGGAAGCCAUUGAGGUUGAUUAUUCUCAUGAUUUGGACAUCUUUUAGGAAUUUUGAGAAAUAAGCCUUUCUAAGAUAACAUUGUAAUAAACCAUUUCUACUGAGAUUGCUUUAUUUUACUUUGCAAUGAUAAACCCAAAAAUCUGGAGAGAACUGUUGUCUUGUUUUAAAUAAAAUUGAAUAUGAGGGAGAUGAAUGCAAUAAGAACAUUUAAAACUUUCUCAUGUCUGACAAAAUACUUAAAAGUAUAUAGCAGAGGAUUUAAUUUCUCAAUCUAUUGC